AUGUCGGCCAUCUCACAACUGAUCUUGCUUCUUCUGCUCCUAGGUUGUUCCACCGCAACUAUCGUCGUGAUAUCACAGGCAGCCACCGACUUCUCCUGCUCUCGUUCUGGGGAACCUAGUACUCACCCUUGCAAGACAUAUCUGUCUUACCAUGUCCAGCCACCAAACUUUCUGAACCUUGGUAGCAUCUCUGAUCUCUUUGGUGUCAGCCGCCUGUCAAUAGCAACUGCCAGCAACUUGGCCUCCGAGGAUUCGACAUUAGUUCCGGACCAGCUCCUGCUUAUCCCUGUAGAGUGUGGAUGCACAGGCAACAAUUCCUUCGCCAAUCUCACUUACCAAAUCAAAGGAGGCGACAAUUUCUACUCGGUCUCCGUCACGCCACUGGAGAAUCUCACCAACUGGCAACUCGUUGAAGCAUUAAACCCUGGUGUGACUCCAACCCUUCUCCAUCCUGGUGAUCAAGUCACAUUCCCUCUACUCUGUCAGUGCCCUUCCAGGAUGCAGAUCGACAACGGAAUCGAGUUUCUCAUCACUUAUGUCUUGCGGAUAGAUGAUACUCUCCAGUCUGUUGCUGAGAAGCUGGAUUCAUCAGUCAACGAGAUUCUGCUGGCAAACAACUACAUGAAUUUCAGUGAGGCAAUCAACCAUCCAGUUCUGGUCCCAGUCACUAGCUUACCUGUUCUCAAGUCGAUGAAUCCAUCUUCGCCGAAAACAAGGGAAUCAAAGCUACAUUGGAUCAUUGUUAUAGUUGCAACCACUAUUUCCGCUCUUGUGAUUCUCUAUCUAGGGUUUGUCUUUGGUUGCCGACGAAGCAGCAGCAACAAGAGGUUCCUCCUGGUGCGCAAGAACUCGAAUCUAGAAACUGAUGAGCUGAUGAUGCGACAAGCCAAGAAACUCAAGCAGAAGAAGGUUGAUUACCUUCCAGGAGUUUCAGGGUAUCUAAACAAGCAAACCAUUUACGACGUGAAUACGAUCUUGGAAGUUACAAUGGAUCUCCAUGACUGUUACAAGAUCGGAGGUUCAGUCUAUAGAGCCACCAUUGAUGGGCAGGUGUUAGCUGUGAAGAAGUUCGAAGGGGAAGCAACUGUAGAGCUGCAGAUUCUGCAGAAAGUCAACCACGCUAAUCUGGUGAAGCUGAUGGGGGUUUCAUGCGAUCAAGAAGGAAACUUCUUGUUGGUCUAUGAGUAUGCAGAGAAUGGUUCGCUAGACAAGUGGCUGUUCAGAAAAUCUGCACCAUCCUCAUCAUCAUCUUCAGGAUCUUUAUCGUUCCUUAGUUGGAGCAGAAGGGUGCAGAUAGCAUUAGACGUGGCGAAUGGCUUGCAUUACUUGCACGAACAUGUUCAACCGAGCAGCAUCGCGCAUCGUGAUAUCAGGAGCAGCAACAUAUUGCUGGACUCAAAAUUCAGGGCGAAGGUGACGAAUUUCGCUUUGGCGAGAUUUGCAGAGGAGUCCAUAGCGCCGAAAGUCGACGUCUUCGCAUUCGGGGUGGUUUUGCUGGAGCUGCUCUCAGGGAAGAAGGCGAUGGUGACGAAAGAGAGCGGCGAGAUUGUGUUGUUGUCUACAGAAAUCAAGACUGUGUUGGAAGUUGCUGAGAAAAGGGAGGAAAAUUUGAAGAACUGGAUGGAUCCUAACUUGGAGAACAUGUAUCCCAUCGAUGGUGCCCUGAGCCUGGCGAUUUUGGCAAGGGCCUGCACUUUUGAGAAAUCUUCUGCUAGGCCAAGCAUGGGAGAGGUCGUGUUUAACCUCACAGUGCUGACGCAGUCGCCUCUAGAUGAUUCGCUGGAAGAGGUGUGGCCUACUAAGCUUGAUGCUGAAGAACUUUUGCAGAUCAUCAGUCCAGUUACUGCUCGUUAA